GGCGGCGGCGCUGGUUGCGCACGAGUUUUUUUCCAAACACCGAAAAACCACGCCAAAGCGAAUACGAGGAUUUCAAAAAAUACAACGCAGAUACCUACAAACAAAAACCACUUAUUUACAAUACCUCUCCUGUCCACGGAAAAGACAAAAUUAUUGAAUAAGCAUAUUGUUUUUAUUUUUGCUGUUGUUAUUAUGAGUCAUCAUAAACACGGGUCCGUAUUGCACAGAGAUGCGGCGAGGUGUUUGCUGCGAUGGGCGGCAACAGUCCGAGCGCGGAGCUGGUCACGCUGCAAGCUGUGCGCGACGCCAUGGCGCCCUGCGGGAACACGCUGCAGGACUUGCUCAAUCAAGCUGUGGAGAAUCUGGCGCUUUUAGCGUGUGAGAACCUCGACCACGUGGACAGUGAGCCCAUGGCUAGCACCGACGGUGACAUACCAGACCUGCUCACGCCGAUCUCACAUUCAGGGGCUACGCCGCUGGGUUGCCGGCGGCGGGAGCGCGGCUGCCGACGCGUGCGGCCCAAGUCCGUGGCGGAGCAGCAGUGCAGCAGCAACGAGAUGCUGUCGCUGCCCCCGCUGCAUGCUGAGGCUACGGACGGGCUGGCCGACCUACCCGCACACACGCUCAGGCAUCUUGUUAAAGGUCGACCAAGACGAGCUAAGACACGGGCGCCGACUCGACCAAUAACAGAUCAGUCACAAGAUAUUGAUGAAGGUCUGGAGGAGUUCUGGCGCGCAUGCCGCACGCCGCCGGGCAGCGAGGAGGCGUCGCUGUCGGCGCGCACGCCGCUGACGUCGCGCUCGCUGCACUCGCUGUCGUCGCUGGCCUCGCCCUCGCCGCUGCGCCACUCGCCCACGCUGCAGCGCGACGACACCAUGUACAGCGUGACUUCUGGUGAAAGCACACCAGUUUUAUUAGAAUGUGAAGUAUCCCGUUGCAAGUCUUCCGACAAUGUAGGCAUCAAGACAUCGGCUUCCACGCCCCCACCCUCGCGAUCCUCUGAUAAUGUCAACACCAUGGGGAACGGGUGUGCGCGCUCGGCCGGCAAGGCGCGACCGUGGUCCGUGGCCGGCGUCAACCCCGACAAUAACGCCGCCGCUUGCACUACCGAAGGCGUGGAGGCGUGCGUGGGCGGCAGCAUCGUGGGCAUCACGCCGGGCGCCGCACUAACCAGUAACCAACUUUCAGACGCUAUUCUAUACUGAACGAUCAAUGUGCCGUCUCGCUGUAUAGGUUCAAUGUUACGAGAUCAUCCUUUAACUCCAGAAGGCACUGAGACCUAAGCCAAGCACGGGUGUCAGCGUGACGGAGACAGAACGUGAUAAGUUGAGCAGGGUUCAAUGUCCAGAUAUUACACAAACGGAUUUUAUUCUCGGAUGCUCACAAUUGUGCCAGUUAGAAUGUUAACGUUUUAGACAGUAAAGUAGUUACUGAUUAGUAUUCUAAUAUUGUAUUUGAAUAAACUGAUCGCCAAUUUAGUUACUGUGCGGAACGAUUAAUUUUUAACUUUUAACAUUAAGGACUUUAUGAAUUGAUGAUACACGGUCAUAAUAAUUCCAAGUAACUUAUAGUAGGAUUAAAAUUAAAUAUUAUACCUAAUAAUCAUUUUAUAUUUACUGUGAUUCAGUUAGUAUUAUGUUACUGAUUCGUAUAGUCAUUAAAAUAUUUUAAUCGCUUAUAAUUUAUACAUAUUCGUAAUCUUUCCCACUAACGGAUAUAUUAUUUUGAGUGGGAUAUAUAUUAUUUGAUGUAAUUAAUUAUUCUUUCCUCUUCUUUACACUAACGUUUGUAAAUUAUUGACAAGAAAUUGGUAUUUAUAUUCAUUCAAUCAGUUUUUUGCUUUGCCAAUAAGCUUGCCGUGUAUUUUGACGAAUAUUCACAUAGAGACUUAAAUUUGAAAAGUGCGACACUGCCAAAAAUUUACAAUCGAAAUUAAUAAAAACAUACGAGUUACUGACUAUUGCUGGCAGCGAGACUCUAGCUGCCAAACAUUUGAGAGGCUUUAAUUCAUUGUUUCCUACAACGCACAAAUUUUCACAUAAUUGUAAGUCAUACAAAUUCAGCGUACCUAUACUAGAGUCAAGUUACGCUAUUUCUUGUAAAGUAUUAUGAUUGCAUUUAUUGUAAUACGUCUACUAAACCGUGAUCAUAGUUGGUGAAUCGGUUUAAUGACAUUUUAUUACUUGCAGUAGAGAUAGAGUGCAAACUGCUAUCCAUGAGUUUUGCCUCUUAGAAAUAUUAUUCAGUGAUAUUGCUCGAAAGCGUUUGCCAUACGAGAUUAACUGUUUUUCCUUUAUAAACAUUUUUGUUGAAACUCGUAAAGUUUUUAAUAAAAUAAUAUAGAUAUAGCUUUAUGAAUUCUUUCGACAUCAAAUAGUUAGGGGCUUGGAAUGGAUACUAAUUGGUCUUAACUAGUCAUAUUAUAAAAGGCCUAUAUAAUUAAUUACGCACAAUUGAUUUACGUCCGACAUUAUUAUGAAUCGUGAGAAUAAUUCGUUUAAACACAACUUACCAUGACAGAAAUCUUCCAGUUUAUACAUUCCUUUUAAAAUUUUAAAGUAGUGAAAAUAUGAACAAGUGUGAUUUAAAAUGAAGUUCAAAACGUGGAGUUUUAGGUUAGUGCACUUGCUGAGAUUUACGUAAGGUUCAAUUUACGAUAAUUUGAUGAAAGUAGGUGACUCGCCCUUACAGUUAAGUGUUCAUUAGAGUAAAUACUUGUAAAACGGUUGCAUUCAUUUCUUUUGGAUUCAUAAAGGCUGUCUCGUAUUGGACUUUCCUGUAUGUAAAAGAAAUACUGAUUGAAGUAGAUGUAUAUUGCUAAAUUAUUUCAUAGUAUUUUUAUAUUCAUUCCAAUUUAGUUGGUUUAUCUAGCUCUUUGGUACCAGACUGAUUUUAAGGUACUUUUAUUUUAUGGUGCAAUUUAUGUCUAGAGCGUUGUGAUAAUCGUUUAAAAUUACAUACAAUAUACAAAU